AUAUCUGUACGUAGACGUAGUAGCGAUUAGUACUAGUUCAUUCAUAAAGAUGCCGGAUUUUUGUGCCGCUUAUGGUUGCAGUAAAGAACGGACGAACGAAUCUAAAGAAGGAGGAAUAACAUUUCACAGAUUUCCCAAAGAAGGAUCGAGGCGACAGGCGUGGGUGCUGGCUUUGAGGAGAGAGGGGUUUGUGCCAAAACAACGGACACUGUUAUGCAGCUGCCACUUCCUACCUGAAGAUUUCGACAGGACUGGGCAAACUGUUCGUCUCAGGGAGGGAGCAAUCCCAUCAGUGUUCACCUUUCCAAAACAUUUGUCCAAGCGGUCUCGUUCUAGAUCCAGUAAAACGUCGAAAAAGGCUAGUGAACCAUAUCCAACGCAGUCAGCAAGACAACCCGUGGUGUCAGUCACAGCUGUUUUACAGGAUCACACAUACUGCCUGGAUCCCAUCAGAACCAAAGAGAAGCUGAGGCAAUAUCAGGACGAGUUGGACAAAUUAAGGAGGGAGCUACGGAAUGCCAAGGACCGUGAGAGGAGGCAAAGACAGACCGUUGGAUGCCUUAUGGUGGAGUUGAGGGAAAACAACAUGCUGGCUGAGGAACUACAACAAAAGCUGGAGUAUUACUCAGGCAGGUGGUUACAGACUGUCGAUGCCAGUCCGGGACUCAACAUUUGCCUUCUCGACAUGCUGGAGAAGAGAAAACUUGAAGACCCUGACCGGUUUGGCCAAGUGUGUCUGAUGCUGGAUGGUAUGUCCAUACGGAAACAGCUGCAAUACGAAUCCCACACACGUACAAUGCGGGGCCUUGUAGAUCUUGGUAUGGGGCUGGAUGAAACAACUGUGGCUAAAGAAGCCCUUGUGUUUAUGGUUGUUGGCCUGAGAGGUCAUUGGAAGUUGCCCAUCGCCUUCUAUUUCAUCAACACCGUAUCACCAGACGCUCAGAGGACACUUCUUCUUGAUGCCUUGGAGGCUCUUCACAUCCGUGGCAUUAACGUUGUGUGUGUCACCAUGGACGGCCAUAUAUCAAACAUCUCCAUGGUAAAAAUGUCAUGGGACCAAGUAACUUAA